AUGGAAUCCCCCAGCCUCAAACGUGGGCGCUCUCCAACCAUAGAUCGCCAAGACAGAGACUCGUCCGCCGCGGAGGACGCACCCCCCUCCCCGAAACGGCAGAUCGUAGGCGGCGACGACAGCAAUGACGACGGCAAUGUCGAAGACAGAGAAAUUUUGUCCCCGCCGGGGGAGGGGGAGGAGCUCCUAGAGGCCAUCUCAUCCUCCCCCCCACCCGGAGAAAAUGGCGAGGCCGAAGAAAAGACGGCAGAAGAGAACCAAGAACAAGAAGAUAUCUUCGCGUCCGACGAGUUCGACCCCAGAGCCACAGACGUAUUACCCGAGGUCGCGUUACAGGCCCCUGCUGCCAGGUCAAGACCACUGGUACCAUCCAUUCCGGGUCCCGGCUAUGUCCCCUAUGAGGAGCCGGACUCCGGGCCGGCGUCGCCGACAGAAAGAGACCGGGAACGGGAAGAUGCCAUCGCGGCCUUUGGGUUCGACCCCAAAGCCGCGUACGUGUUGCGGGAAACAUCCAGGAAAGCCCGCGCCGCCCGCGCCGCCCGGCCGAGACCAGCGGCGCCACCCUCGAGUCCAGGUCCCGGCUCUGCUUCCGAUUCGGACCCCGAGCCGGCCGAGCCGCCAGCCACGCGCGGCCGGACGGCCGACGCCACGGUGCUGGCGGACCUGCGCGCGCAGGUGCGCGCGAACCCGGGCGUCCCGCCGGCGUUCGCCGCGCUCGACCUCGACCCGGCCAUCGACGCGGCCGCGCGCCAGCGCCUGCAGCAGACGGCGCGCGUCCUGCACUUCGUCGCGCGCGCGCGCGAGGCCGGCGUCGCGCCCUACGACCUGGCCAACCUCGGCCCCGUCGUGGCCGCCGUGCGGCGCGACGCCGUCGCUGUCCCGCGCGCGGAUCCCGACCUCGACGUGGCCGUCGGGGAGGGCCGCGUCAGCGGAGGGAGCCGCCAGACGGACCGCGACCAGGAGGGCGAAGAGGACGAGGAGGACGAAGAGCCAACGUUCGACUGGGCCACUCCCGAGGACCGCGCGCGCCGCGAGGCCGACAUCGUGGCUGACGCGCUGCUGCAGCUGCCUGCGCGCACAUUCGAGGCCGUCGCGCGCGGCGCCGAGCAGUAUCGCGAGGAGCUUGCGACGCUCGGAAUCAGGGUAGGCUGA